AUGAUCACAGCUGCCCAGAUGGAUUUGUCUACAAGCAUAAGAGAUGCAUACCAUCUUCCUUGGAUGCCUACUACUCUGCACAAGAUUCCAACUCACGGGGAAGGUUUUACACUGUAA